AUGUCUUUAGAUGUUGAACAACAAAUUCAACGUCAAAUUAAUGAAUUUCUUCCAAAAAAACUGAAAUUUAUUAAAACAGAAACAAUAAAUCCAACAGCAAAGAAAACAAUUAGUAUUGAUAAUAGGAUAGAUGUUGAUUAUGAUGAUGUUGAAGAAUUAAUGAAAUGGAAAUUAAAAAAUGGUAGGAAUGCAGGGAGAGGAUAUUUUAAUGCACAUAGUAAUUGUUAUAUGAUUAGUGUAUUACAAGUAUUAACUCAUACAGCACCAUUUUAUAAUUAUAUGACACAACAAAAGAUUAAAGUAGAUGAUAUAUUUUUUAAAGAAUUAGAACGCAUAAUGAAAGAAGCAUUUGAAAAAAAUAAUCAACCAUUAAAACCAAUAGUAUUUGAAAAAAAUUUGAAAAAAUUAUCUUCUUCAUUACAAAGAUAUCAACAAGAAGAUGCUACAGAAUUUUAUUUAUUAUUACUUGAUCAUCUUCAUGAAGCAAUAAUUGGAAAAGGAAAAAAUAAAAUAUCAGCUAUUAGUAGUAUAUUUCAUGUUGAAUUAGUCUCACGAAUUACAUGUUAUAAUUGUACAAGAUUUAAUGAUCAUGAUGAACAUUUUUCUGUUUUACCAAUUGAAAUAACAAAACAAAAAACACUUGAAAGUGGAUUUGAUCAAUUCUUUAAAAAAGAAAUGAUUUCUCAUUAUCAUUGUGAAAAGUGUAAUACAAAAUCAAAUGUUAGUAAAUAUUAUUUCUUUAAAAGAUUACCUUGGAUAUUACCAAUUCAACUAAAAAGAUUUACUUGGGAUGAAAAGAAAAUUAAUGGAAAAGUAGCUUUUCCUUUGCAACUUAAUAUUUCAAAAUAUGGAAUGGAUGGGUUAUAUGAUCUUUAUGCAAUUGUGGUUCAUUUAGGAAAAACAAAAUUUAGUGGUCAUUAUAUUUCUUAUUGUAAAACACCAAGUGGAGGUUGGUUUAGAUUUGAUGAUGAUGAAGUUAAACCUGUUUCAAUUAAAGCAGUUUUACAAGAAGAGGCUUACAUGCUAUUCUAUUCUAAAUCAGAAGAGAAAGUUAGUACACCAAAAGAAAUAAAAAGAGGAGCAAUUGAAAAUAAUAACUUAGAAAAAUUGAGUACUAUUGUUAUGAAAGAAAAUGAACAAAAUGAUAAACUAACUGAAAUAAAAGAAGAAACUGUUUUUAUCAGUAACAUAUUCAAGUCUUCAAGAAUUAAAUCAAUUCAUCAACUCAUCAAUCAAAAAUAUCAACCAAUCAAAAGAAAACCUGAAGAACCUCAAAAUAAUGAUCUAAGUGGUGGAAAAAUUACUUCAGAAGAAAUGGAACAAAAGUUUAAAGAGAAACAAGUAGAAAAUAAUCCAAUUCCAAUGAUCACUAUCCGUAAAAAAGAUGUAAAGCAACAAAAGAAAUUAGACAUUACUGGAAAACCGAUCAAAGAAAGAAAAGGUAUUGAAACAUUUGAUUUAAGAAAAAUUCCAUUUGGUUUAAAUUAUAGUGAACGUGUUGAAGGAUGGGAUGAUGAGACUGAAGAAAUAAGAAAGAACGUUUUAAGAAAUAAGGUUGGUGCUAUUGAUAAAGAAAAAGAAACUCAUAUCAGUAAAUUAGACCAAUAUGAUAUUGAUUUAGAUAAACCAAAAGAAAGAAAACUUAGAAGAAAUAUGAAGAAUGCAUUUAAAGUAGAAGAUAAAAAAUUUAAUCCAUUCCAAUAUCAGUCAGAUAAAAAAAGACGCCAAAAAGAAAGAGAAAGAAAUGAAGAAUAA